AUGGCACUCCGCCUCUCAUCUCGGCUCUUCGGGCCCCUCACGCACACUCGAAUAACGGCCCACCGCACCUUCCACACCACCCCCUUCCGCUCCCUCCUCGCACCCACACCCGCCCGCCGCGCAGUCGCCCGCCCCGCCGUCGGCUCCUACAGCGGCGGCGACGGCAAAGACGAUAGUAGCGAGGGGGACGAGCGCACGCUCUCCUCGCCCUCGGAGCUCGCGCGCAAAAUCUCCGCAAAGGUCCUCCCCAAGCUGCCCAAACCGGACGUGAAAAAAGUCGUCAUGGUCGGCUCCGGCGGGCUCUCCAUCGGCCAGGCGGGCGAGUUCGACUACUCGGGCUCGCAGGCGCUCAAGGCGCUCAAGGAGGAGGGUGUCGCUGCGGUGCUCAUCAACCCGAACAUCGCGACGUGGCAGACGUCGCACCAGCUCGCGAGCGAGGUGUACUUUUUGCCUGUGACGGCGGACUAUGUCGCUUAUGUGCUCGAGAAGGAGCGCCCGGACGGGAUUUUGUUGACGUUUGGGGGGCAGAGCGCGUUGAAUGUCGGGAUUGAGCUGGAUAAGAUGGGCGUGUUGGAGAGGCUGGGGGUGAAGGUGCUCGGUACGCCGAUUCGGACGCUCGAGGUCUCGGAGGACCGCGAUUUGUUCGUGCAGGCGCUCAAGGAAAUCGACAUCCCGGUCGCACAGUCUACGGCAGUGUCCACGGUCAACGCCGCCCUCGAGGCGGCCGAGAAGAUCUCGUACCCGGUCAUUCUCCGCUCGGCGUUUACGCUCGGCGGUCUCGGUUCUGGCUUCGCGAACAACCCGGAGGAGCUCCGCGAUCUCGCGGCCAAGUCGCUCUCGCUCAGCCCGCAGGUGCUCAUCGAGCGCAGCAUGAAGGGCUGGAAGGAGCUCGAGUACGAGGUCGUCCGCGACGGUGCUGAUAACACGAUCAUCUGCUGCAACAUGGAGAACUUCGACCCGCUGGGCACGCACACGGGCGACUCGAUCGUCGUCGCGCCGUCGCAGACGCUGCCCGACGACGAGUACCACAUGCUCCGGUCCGCCGCGCUCAAGGUCAUCCGCCACCUCGGCGUCGUCGGCGAGUGCAACAUCCAGUACGCGCUCAACCCGACGUCGCGCGAGUACUGUGUUAUCGAGGUCAACGCCCGGCUCUCCCGCUCGUCCGCUCUGGCAUCCAAAGCAACCGGCUACCCGCUCGCAUACACCGCUGCGAAGCUCGCGCUGGGACACACGCUCCCCGAGCUGCCGAACGCCGUCACGAAGACGACGACCGCAUGCUUCGAGCCCUCGCUCGACUACAUCGUGACGAAGAUCCCGAAAUGGGAUUUGGCAAAGUUCAGCUCGCAGGUCGACCGGCACGUCGGGAGCGCGAUGAAGUCCGUCGGGGAGGUCAUGGCGAUCGGGCGCACGUUCGAGGAGUCGCUUCAGAAGGCGAUACGCCAGGUCGAUCCGCGGUGGAAGGGCUUUGAGGUGUAUAUUGAGCCGGAGGAUCUGGACGAUGCGCUCAGUAGGCCGACGGAUAUGAGGCUGUUUGCGAUUGCGUAUGCGAUGUAUAGGAGGGGGUAUACGGUUGAUAGGGUGCAUGAGCUUACGAAGAUCGAUAAGUGGUUCCUGUACAAGAUCGACAACAUCGUGCAGACGCGCAAGGCGCUCCAAGUCGCCGGCACGCUCGACGCCGUCGCGCCCGAGCUGAUGCGCACCGCCAAGAAACAGGGCUUCUCCGACGCGCAGAUCGCGGACCUCGUCGCGUCCACCGAGCCGCUCGUGCGCGCCGCGCGCAAGGCGCAGGGCAUCACGCCGUUCGUGAAGCGCAUCGACACGCUCGCGGCGGAGUUCCCCGCGCACACGAACUACCUGUACACGACGUACAACGCGUCCGCGCACGACGUCGAGUUUAACGAGCACGGGACGAUGGUGCUCGGCUCGGGCGUGUAUCGGAUCGGGUCGAGUGUGGAGUUUGAUUGGUGUGCGGUGACGUGUGCGCGGAGUUUGAGGGAGAUGGGGGAGAAGACGGUGAUGAUUAAUUAUAAUCCGGAGACGGUGUCUACGGAUUUCGACGAGGCGGAUCGGUUGUACUUUGAGGAGCUGGGGUGGGAAAGGGUUAUGGAUAUAUAUGAGCUGGAGGGCGCGAAGGGGGUUGUUGUUAGUGUUGGUGGCCAGCUGCCGCAGAACAUCGCGCUCAAGCUCAAGGAGAGCGGCGUGAACGUGCUCGGGACGGACCCGGAUAUGAUCGACAAGGCUGAAGACAGGCAUAAGUUCUCGAGCGUGCUGGACAGCAUCGGCGUCGACCAGCCCGAGUGGGCCGAGGUGACGACGCUUGAGGCCGCCAAGGCGUUUGCGCAGCGCGUCAGCUACCCGGUGCUCGUCCGCCCGUCGUACGUCCUCUCGGGCGCAGCGAUGAACGUCGUACACGAAGAAUCCGCUCUCGAACACACGCUCUCCGCCGCCGCGGCCGUCUCGCCGCUGCACCCGGUCGUGCUCACCAAGUUCAUCGCGGGCGCGCAGGAGAUCGACGUCGACGCGGUCGCGCACGACGGCGCGCUGCUCGUGCACGCUGUCAGCGAGCACGUCGAGGCCGCUGGCGUGCACUCUGGCGACGCCACGCUCGUGCUGCCCCCCGUGUCCUUGCCCGCGGGCGAUAUGGCAAGGUUGAAGGAGAUCGCGGCCAAGGUGGCAAGGGCGUUUGAGAUCAGCGGGCCGUUUAAUAUGCAGGUUAUCCGUAAGCCGCCCACCGACGCUGAGGCUGCGGAAGGGAAGGAGGCGGAGCUGAAGGUGAUCGAGUGCAAUUUGCGCGCGUCGCGGUCGUUCCCGUUCGUGAGCAAGGUGCUGGGGCACAACUUUAUACGCACGGCGACGGCGGCGAUUACGGGCAAGGAUGUGCCCGAGCCGGUGGACGUGAUGGAGGAGGAGCGGGGGUAUACGGCGGUGAAGGUGUCGCAGUUCUCGUGGACGCGGCUGGGCGGUGCGGAUCCGUUCUUGGGCGUCGAGAUGGCGUCGACGGGCGAGAUCGCGGCGUUCGGAAAGGACAUCUACGAGGCGUAUUGGGCCGCUUUGCUCUCCCAGACGGGGUUCAAGCCCCCGCGCGCGGGCUGCGGCAUUCUGCUCGGCGGCGACGUCGUCGCGUUCCCCGCGGAGCUCUCGCGCGUCGCGCGCGGGCUGACGGAUCUGGGGUUCAAGAUCUACUGCGCGACACCCGCCGUCGAGGCGUUCCUCAACGGGGGCGGCGUCGGCGACGAGCUCAGGUAUGUGUCGGCGAAGAAGAUAUUUUUCCCGACGAAGGAUAAGCGGCUGCUGAGGGAGGUGUUUGAUGAGUAUGAGAUUGGCGCGGUUGUUAAUCUGGCGAGGGAGAGGGGGGCGAGUGUGACGGAUGAGGAUUAUGUUGCGCGCCGGAACGCGGUCGACUUUGGGCUGCCGCUGCUGAACAAUCCCAAGACGGCGGAGCUGUUCGUCGAGGCGCUGAAGCGCAAGAUGCCGCAGGGCGCGCUGCGCGGGUACACAGAGGGCCGGAUCCCGAGCGAGGUGCGGUCCUGGGCCGAGUUCGUGGGUGCGCACGUGUGA